AUGUACAGAGUGAUGAGGUCUGCCACACAGGAGUGGACGAACCACACGGUGAUGGAGGAGGUGAUGGAGGAGGUGAUGGAGGAGGUGAUGGAGGAGGUGAUGGAGGAGGUGAUGGAGGAGGUGAUGGAGGAGGUGAUGGAGGUGAUGGUGGAGGUGAUGGAGGAGGUGAUGGAGGAGGUGAUGGAGGAGGUGAUGAGGAGGUGA